AUGGUCACCAUGAAGAUGACCAAGUCUGUAAAGAUUUACAACAGUUACAUUAUUGGAAUCAGUUUGUCCUUGUUUGGACUUGCUUCUGGUAUGGAGAUGUUUUCAUACACAAGUUUGAAGUAUUCGGACUUCUUCACCAAAUUCUACAACUAUCCAACAAAAAUUGAGGAGAAUUUACUCAGAUCGAGCAAUGUUUUAGGAGCAAUAGGUAAAUAG